GUGCGUGCGUGCGUGCGCGCGCGCGCGCGUGGGGCGGUGAGGCGCCUCCCCGCAGCCCGCGCCGCUCUCGCCGGAGCGCCGGCGGCCGGGCAGGGGGGCCCGGGCCGGCAGCCGGGGCAUGGAGAGCCUGCUGGAGAACCCGGUGCGCGCCGUCCUCUACCUGAAGGAGCUCACCGCCAUCGUGCAGAACCAGCAGAGCCUCAUCCACACCCAGCGCCAGCGCAUCGACGAGCUGGAGCGGCGGCUGGACGAGCUGAGCACCGAGAACCGCAACCUCCGCGGGCAGCAGCCGGCCCCCGCCGAGCCGCCGGCGGCCCCCGCGCCACCCCAGGGCCCCCCGCCCGAGCAGCCCCCGCCGCCGCCGCCGCCGCCGCCGCCGGGCCAGCCCGACCCGCUCCAGCACCACCAACAGCUCCCGGCGCAGCAGCCGCCGCCGCCGCCGCCGGCGGGCAAGCAGGCGCCGGCGGGCCCCGGCGGCAGCGGCCGGGCUCCCGGCCACCAGCACCCCCCUCUCCAGCCCCACCAGCACCCCGCGGAGAAGGACGGCAGGGAGAAGGGCUGCUGCGCCGCUCUGCUCCAGCACAAGACCCCCCAGGCCAUCGGCAAAGGCGUCCUGAGCCGGAGACCGGAGAAUGAAACUGUUUUACACCAGUUCUGUUGCCCAGCAGCUGAUGCAGAGCAGAAGCCUUCAUCUCCGGACUCCUCACCAAGUGACGAUCCCAGCGGUUCCACAAGCAAGAAAGCCGGGUGUGAAACGGAGGAUCCGAAGGAGGCCGGCAGACAGAGUGGCCAGGAAGGCAGGUCCGACACCCUGACGCUAAAAGCCCAGCAUGCGGAGCUCCAAGAAGAGCAGGCAGCGGGGUGUUCCCCUCUGGUGCAGAAGGCGAGCCUCCACCACACGGGCUCCCCAGUGAGAGUGCAGCGCAGCAAAGGGACGGCCUCGUGUUCCCAUGCAGCUGCCUCCGAUUAUGAGCUCUCCCUUGACCUAAAGAAUAAACAGAUCGAAAUGUUAGAGCACAAAUAUGGCGGUCACCUGGUAUCUCGCAGGGCAGCCUGCACCAUCCAGACUGCUUUCCGGCAGUACCAACUCAGCAAGAACUUCGAGAAGAUCCGCAACUCACUGCUGGAGAGCCGCAUGCCACGCCGCAUCUCUCUGAGGAAAGUCCGUGUCCAGAACUCAGAGAGCUUCUCCGCUGAGAAAGCCCUGGUGGAGGGAUACAACUUUGUGGGCAUCCCAUUGGUGAGGUCCCCAUCUUUGCCAGCCACCAUCAGUGGGGCUCUGACUGAGCUGGAAGACUCCUUCACGGAACAAGUUCAGUCCCUGGCCAAGUCUAUUGAUGAUGCCCUGAGCACCUGGAGCCUGAAGACCAUGUGCUCACUGCAAGAUGGGGGCUCAUACCAGAUAAGGGAGACCUUCAGUGCUAGCUCAAUGCAGCCAAACCAAGACUUAGAAGCUGAGCUGCAGGACAAGGAGAAGGAGGAAGGGCUCCUGCCAGAUACCCUACCCAAGAGCAGCAGCACUCUCAUGAUGGCUUUUCGAGAUGUCACAGUCCAGAUCGACAACAAGAACAUCUCUGUUUCAUCGUCUACCUCGGUGUCCAUGGCAAACUGCCUCAGCAGCAAUGCCCAGGCUGGGCUCUCUCAAGCUACCAAGGCUGAAGAAAGCCCAGGAGAAGGGGAGGGAGAAGCCAGUGAACCACCGGCUGCCCCAGAGAGCUUACCUGAGUCCAGAGCUUUCCAGAACAGCCACACUUCCACCGAGGUGAAUGUCAGUACUAAUGGCACAGGAGACAGCGGUGCUGAGCCUGGGCAGAUGGCAGUGCAGAAGCUCCAGUUUGAUGCUAGCAAUGAGACAGGGCAAAGCAAAGGCUCUGAGUCUGAGAAUGCAGACAACUCAGAGCAGCUGAGCAGCAGCAGCACCUCCACUUCAGCCAAGUCAGCCUCUGAGGUGUCCUCGAAAGAAGCACUGCAGGCCAUGAUUCUCAGCCUCCCAAGGUACCACUGCGAGAACCCAGCUAGCUGCAAGUCCCCCACACUUUCCACAGACACCAUGAGGAAGCGCCUCUACCGCAUUGGGCUGAACCUCUUUAAUAUAAACCCAGACAAAGGGAUCCAGUUCCUGAUCUCCCGAGGCUUCAUCCCGGACACCCCCAUUGGGGUGGCACACUUCCUGCUCCAGCGGAAGGGCCUCAGCCGCCAGAUGAUUGGGGAGUUCCUGGGCAACAGCAAGAAGCAGUUCAACAGGGACGUCCUGGACUGCGUGGUGGACGAGAUGGACUUCUCAGGCAUGGAGCUGGAUGAAGCCCUGCGGAAAUUCCAGGCCCACAUCCGCGUGCAGGGGGAGGCGCAGAAGGUCGAGCGGCUAAUUGAGGCUUUCAGCCAGAGGUACUGCAUGUGUAACCCAGAUGUGGUCCAGCAGUUUCACAACCCGGACACCAUCUUCAUCCUGGCCUUUGCAAUCAUCCUCCUCAAUACGGACAUGUACAGCCCCAACAUCAAGCCUGACAGGAAGAUGAUGCUGGAGGACUUCAUUCGCAAUCUGAGAGGGGUGGAUGAUGGUGCUGACAUCCCACGGGAGCUGGUGGUGGGGAUCUACGAGAGGAUCCAGCAGAAAGAACUAAAAUCCAAUGAGGACCAUGUGACUUAUGUCACCAAAGUGGAGAAGUCCAUAGUUGGAAUGAAAACGGUUCUGUCCGUGCCCCAUCGCCGGCUGGUCUGCUGCAGCCGCUUGUACGAAGUGACUGAUGUGAACAAAGUGCAGAAACAGGCAGCUCACCAGAGGGAAGUUUUUCUCUUCAAUGACCUGCUGGUGAUCCUCAAGCUUUGCCCCAAGAAGAAAAGCUCCUCAACGUACACAUUUUGCAAGUCAGUCGGCCUGCUAGGGAUGCAGUUCCAUCUCUUUGAGAAUGAAUAUUACCCCCAUGGCAUCACCCUGGUGACUCCAGUUUCAGGCUCAGAGAAGAAACAAGUACUACACUUCUGUGCUCUGGGUGCUGAGGAAAUGCAGAAGUUUGUGGAAGAUCUGAAAGAGUCAAUAGCAGAAGUGACAGAGCUGGAACAGAUACGAAUUGAAUGGGAGCUAGAGAAACAACAAGGGGCAAAGACUCUCUCAUUAAGGACCAAUGGAGCCCAGAUGGAACUGCAGGCUAAGCAAGGCUCUCCAACAGGCAAGAAGGAUUUGGGAGAGAAGGUCUCAGACAGCACAGUGGAGGUGUCAAUUCACAACAGGCUUCAAACGUACCAGCACAACUCCGCCCUGGGGCCCGAGAGUGGAAUGCAGCCCAGCACGCGUCUUAACAUGCCACGGGAGCGGCUGGAGACAGCACUGGUGCCCUCGCACCCCGCCUCGGCGGGGACACUUGUACAGUGCCAGCAGAUUGUCAAAGUCAUUGUCUUGGACAAGCCGUGCCUCGCUCGAAUGGAGCCGGCCCUCAACCAGACUCUGACACGCUACGUCACCUCUGAUUCCUGCACCUCCACCCCCUGGCGCAGUGUGGGCAGUGGGCUCCCCGGGACCCCCAUGAAGCUGGUCCAUCAGCCUCCCCUCCCACCUCCACCACCUCCCUACAACCACCCCCACCAGUAUUGCCCCCCUAGCUCCCUGCUUCAGAGGCGCAGGUACUCCAGUGGCUCACGCAGCCUCGUGUAGCCACACCACCAGCACCAAAACAGCACAGACUUCCCCGCUUCCCUUCCCCACCGCCUCCCGGGGACCCUUUCUGCCUACAGAGAUCUAGUUUGUGAUUUAUUUUUUUGUAAAAGAAGAAGAAAAGAAAAAAAAAAAGCCGACUGACCUAACUCUUACCCUGUCUCCCUCAAGAUGAUGCUAAUUGUGAGGAGCCAUCUGUAGAAACUGCCAACCUACAUGCUCACACAUCCUCACACCCUGCCAGCCCAGCUGGCCUCCUGUGCUCGUGCCGUCCCCAUGUAGCACUUUGCUGCCCUGUUCCUGAAAGACUUGAUGACCUGCUGCUUUCUAGGCACUGUGUCUUCCGUUUGCUACUCCUCGACCUCCUCCCUGCCUUGCAUUUACCUGGCCAUAGGUUUGUACCCACCCCAAAACUUUGCCAGCCUCAGAGAGAAAUGGACUCACCCGUGCCAAGGACCAACCUUGGGGCACUCCCGGGGGUGGAGUUCCCCCUGCCACUACUGCUGCUGCCUGCUAAGCUGGAGCUGAGAACUUGUACCACUUGCCAUGCUUUCUCCUCAUCGCUUUUCAAAUAUUAUCUCCUUGCAGCAGCCGGUUCCAGGCAAAGAAGUGCACGAGUGAAAGAGAGCUCGAGAGGAGGAGAGACUGUCCUGAGCUGCAGUACGACACAAAGAUGGCCUCACUCCGAACACCAAAACUCUUUCUGUUGUUAUAUUGGAGCAUUGUACCAGAGACCUCUGCUGAGAUCUAGCAGACCUCAUCACAUGUAAAUACACCUGUAUGGUAGCAUAUGUAUGGCGCAUGCUUACUAAAGGAAACACCAAGCAGUUCUGAGGGAGCAGAAGGGAGGGAUUAAGCCCAGGGAUCUUCCUGGAAUGGAUGAGUACUCUUCCAAAGAGACGGCACCAAGAGGUGCCCUCCCACCUCAACACAGACACAGACAGAGACACACACACACGAAGAUUAUCUUCUCUAGCAUAAAACAGACCCACCUCUGCUUUCCUCCUUCUAGCUGGUUUUGUGUUUCCUGCCCACCUGCUUUUUUAUAUUCUGAAAGCAAAGCCAAGUGUUAUGUCACCUUCUGGGGUGGAUGUUCCCUUCACUUGGCUCUUCCUCCUGUGUUAGAGGGAAGGGGCUUUUUGGAGACCACCCACAUGAGCUCCCAUCUGUAUCUCUUGCCUGGCUGUACUCAUGCCUCCAUCAGCCUUUCCUAUAGGACAGCUGCCCAGAUACCAGACUCUAAGGCCUCUUCUCCUCUCUCCCUCCCUAUCCCAGCUUCAAAGUGAGGGGAGGGGAAGAUCCUGAGAGAGAGAUGACAGCUCAGCUCCUCUGCUUUAUUGGGGACACUGAUGUGAAGGAAGAUGGCAUUAAAAAUGGGCUAGGGAUGUAUUUUUAGAAAAAAAAAAUCUCUUUGAGCGGUAGGGAGGGAAGGUAUUAAUUAGCUUAAAGGCUUUGGUCUUGCUCACUCACUCUCUCUCCCUUCGAGGCUUAAGAAGAUCAACUUUAGGAUUUUAAAAUAGCACAGAAUGCCUUUUAGGGCCUUCAUUUUAUUUUAAGAGGGAAAGAAAGAAAUGCUGUUCCUUCCUGUGCGAGGCUGAGAUGUGAGCACUGGGUGCUGAUGACACAGCCAUUGGGUGAGGAGUGGCAGGAGUUGUUGGCAGUGGUGGGGAUGUGUAAAAUGUCAGGGAAAGGGAGACAGUGAAGACAGAUGCAGGAAACACCUUUUUACCUUGUGGGGUAAAAGCCACGCAGCAAUUUCCUUAGGGAUUGUGCCAGUAUGCUCAUCUCUGGGGCUAUUGCCAGUGACAAAAACCAUUGUGCAUCAGGGACUGGCUCCCCUCAGUGCUCUUUGCAUGUCUUCUGGCUCUGCUGAAAUGUUCAGAUGAAAGAGUUCACGUAUUUGACCUGGGCAUAAGCCCAGCUGGGGUUAGGGGAGCGGACAGGGGCUGACGUGAAGGGUCUCCUGUGCUUGGCCAGCCCUCCAGGGCAGGAGACUGCUCGCUUCCAGAUCCCCUUAUUUCUGAGCCUGACCCAUGUACACAGGUCUGUCUAAGUUGUUUGCUUCGCUGUCUGGAGCAGGGCACUAGGCUGCCACUUUUAUACGCAAUAGCAAAUGUACUGACCAGGAACCAACAGCCACAGUCUCAGGGAGGACCACAGAAGCAGAAGACAGAAAAGAUUGUAAGAAAAUCCUGAAUAGAAGCCCAGUCUCCCUCUGGACCAGAGAAGCUUUCUUCUAGCCAGCCCCUCAGGGCAGUGAGGAUGCUCCACAUCUCAAAGCCGGGCCCAGGGAGAGGUCCUCACCCCCAGCCAGGGCUCAGCUCCUCACCCUCCAGCCAGCUGUGAGGCACAGCUGGCCUGAUCUGCCGCUGCCCCCUUCCAGGGUGACACGCUGCAGCCUCACAGCCGCUGGGAUCUCAACCGACCUGCCUGUAGCUUCCUGGGAAAGCACACAUGUGGCAUCUGCCAUUGUCCGGUCAACAUAGUGUGUGGCUGCCAUUUUCUUUUUACUCACUGCUGCAGUGAAAGGAGUGGUAUCCAGGAGGCACUGGCACUGCCCUCCCUUCUCAGUGGUUACUUGCUGUCUGAGAGGAAUGGCAGUCCUUGUUUGUUUGUUUGUUUUUUUCCCAGAGUGCAGUGAGCCACUGAAGGCCUGUGUGUGUGUUAAAAUAAAUAAAUUAGAUUUUACUUGACAUUUAACACGAAGUGACAACAACAAAAACCUUAAAGUACUUGAUAAAAUGAUUUUUUUUAGCUAAAAUAUUUAUAACAAUGUCUGUGAAGUUCCUACAAGAGAGGUUUGCUGCUUUAAUAAUUGAUUGGGAGAGCUACAUGAAUUUAAAGAAGAAAUAAGGAAGCUUCCGUGAGACUUCCUUCUUUGUGCUGGAUGAAGGGCAGAAGCGAGUUAACUGAAGUGCUGAGGCACCUGAGGCACAGCAGUCUCUCAGGGCAAGUUGGCUCCAAUUCCAUGACCUUGCAAAGGCUAAUGCCUUGAGCUUUGGACCGAGAAGCAAACGUAGAUAACCCUUGCUGUCUUCUAGCCUGGUGGCAACAGCAUCUUCUGUCGGGUUUAGCUGGAGAGACACCAAACUACUCUAUUCCAGGUUGUUGUGGAACAGGUUGCUCUAAAUUCUACUGUGUAGCUGAGCCCUUCGGAAUUCACUUCAAAUUAUGGAUUUUUUUGCCUUUGAAGGUCGGUCUCAAAGGAUGACAAGCACUUUAAAGCAUGUCUACACCUCAUCUGAUCUAUUAUAUUGUCUGCUCCCACAGCCCUCCCACAUGCAAGCAAGACGCACAGACUCAGUGUAGCUGUAGUACUGUGAAUAGACACCCUUGCACACAGACUGAUCGUUGGCAGGGUGCAGGCUAGAGAGAGCGUGUCAGUGACAGCCUAAUGAAGGACAAAAAUGUAUACCACAGCUUGCCCACAGGGACCAACCCAAAGAAAAUUCACUAGCUCUUGACAGCAGUGAUUCUGAUCAUGAACCUAGCACAAUCUUUCAGGUGGAGGAAUCAGGCAGGAAGCUGCUGCAGAGAUUAGAUCGACCCAAAUGAACCAGUGGCUUUUUGCUGCUGAAUUCAUAUCCUUCUGUAUUAAAAAAGGAAGGGAGGAAAGAGAAAAGAGAAACCAAGUAAAAAGUAUUCUGCAGUGAGUGUCGGUUAGUCAGUGGCCAAACAAGAAGGUGGCUCUGCUGGACGGUGGAAGAGAACAAGGUGUUACAGAGAUCUACAGAGAUGCAUUACACAAACCAUCAGGUUCUGUCCUGAUUCUCUUGGCUUAUGCUAGUGCAGGUCCAGUGAAAUUAAUCUGUUUACACCGGUAGCAAAGGGAUGGAAAAAUGCAACAGGAGAAUCAAGCUUAGUGCAAACAAUUUGGGUUUAAUGCACUGUUUGUCUGCUGUUGUAAUACUUCUAAUGCCAUAGUCUGGGCCACUGUGGUAGCAACACUUAGUGCUUUCUGCAAGACCUUCAAAGUAUCCCACUGUUCACGCUUUCUCUCCUCCCUGUAGAUGAAAGGUGUGGGAAUGGUCCACAACCAGAAUUUCAUCAAUACUAAGACUUCUUCACGAAAAGGUACCACCAGAUUUGGAAGUAUUUGAGGGCCUCUGAGCUGUAAGAGUUUGAGUUUAGUUAUAUGUUUUUCAGAAGGCUCAACCUGCAACUAUCUGCACGUUUGUGAGGUUUCCAAAACAAAUCUGAGCCCUAAAUCAAGGAAGCUGCUGCCUGGCAGAGUCUCUGCUUUGAAAUGCAAGUUGCUGAGCAAGCUCCCCCAUCUCCCACUCCACCAGCUGCCUCACUGUGCUAGUGUAGGCUCCAGGGACUGCCAGCAGUGUUUUGUGAGCUAGAGCUGUCCUUGUCCUGCCCGCUCUUUCACAGCCAUGCCUGGGACAGCAGCUUUGAAGUCACCCAGCUCUUCAACACUAGUCACAACCCCAUCUGAAUGUGUCUUUUUAAAAAAUUCACAACAGAAGUGUUAACUGUGUGUAGGCUUUUGAAAGCACCUGUCUGUCUGUACCUGUUUCCUGCUGUAAAUAUCACCAAGAAAAGCUUCCUUUGGGAAAAGUGGUGUGGUCACACCUAGCAAAGAGUCCAAAUGGCUAAUAUUUUGUAACAAAAUAACAAAAAUAGAUCAGAGGUAUUUUAUCUGUUCAAUUAAUAGAGUUUUAGAAAUUAUAUUGAGAUAUGUCACUUGUGCGCUAAUGUCUUCUUUGCCCCAGCCCCCCCCCCCCCCCCCCCGUGUCCCUGGGCUCCAGCGGCGCGCGCAGGCGCACGGGUGACACACCACGGGUGUGCUACCGAGGAGUGCUGAGCAUCGUGGCUUCCUGCUGGCCUCAGGGGCAGCCCACUGCGGCUACUGCUGAUUUUUCAUCGAAUGCAGCAGGAGCUAGCUCAAUGCUCAGGCUCUCUGAGGAUCAGAUCCAGAGGAAACCAGGAAAAAAUAAUCUUGUCCAAGAGACAGCAACUCAAUGUGAAAUUCACCCCUGCAGUGAGGCAGAGGAAAAUGGUGAGGGGGAAAGGCAAAGCCCUUCUGUGCUGCAGCUCCUUCCUUUCCAUCUUGCUGGCACGCAGCAGAGCCAGCCCCAAACCCUCUGCUCACGUAUGUGUAGCUCUGCACCUCUGGAGAAGGAGGUCCGCACACCCAUGCAAAGUGCAUGCUGCUGUGUGUGCAUGCUGUGGCAAGGAGAGCAACUUUGCAAGCCGCAUGUGCCAAUGCAUGUGUUGGACACCAGCUGGCCACAGAGAAACUCAUGCACCCAGAGACAUCAGCACAUACUGUGUGUUAAUGCACACACCAUCUGCCAACAUGUAGGACUAUAUGGCAGAUAACAUGUAGGCACCUCUACUAUCCACACAGCUGAACAUGCUGUACAAAAAUAUCAGGCAUAUGCAGCCAUGUGCUGCUGCCUGAGCGGGACAGCUGUGCUGGCUGCAGUUACCAUCGCAGCACAUCUCACAAGCUACGUAGGCUCAGGCUUGGUUAACAUUUGGAUGGGAGACACGUAAGGAAAAUGACAUUUCCCAUGCAAAUCAGAUAUAUAUGCAUAUUUACACAAAGCAUAACCCCAAGGUUAAUGAAACUGACCUUUGUGAAGUUCUGCACAGGGAUGAGAGAGAUGAUCAGAGACAAACACAUGCACACAAAGCAAGUUCUCCUCUGCAAUGGAUGGGGAAAGGCAACCUACAUCUUUGCAACUGAGUUGAAUGGAAGCUGGGUUCAGAUUGCACCUGCUAAAAAAACCUGUCUAUAGGUUGCAAAUUCUUUGCUGGCUUCAAAGAAUCCCUUAGAUCCCCAGGCCCAUGGUGAAACACUUGGGAGGACAGAAAUUCCUCUGAGACAUAGACAGGAAAUUUCCUAGGUAUUCAGAGGCUUCCAUUUAUGUUUUUGUGUGCCACGGAUAUAUUAUAAAUCAGCUCAUCCCAAACAGUCAUUUUCUAAGAUGCUUUGAAACAGCAGAUUAUUGGAGAAGUUUCUGCCUGAUGUUUAGAUCACACACCUGGCUGUAAAGAUGAAAGCAAUAAAAACAGAUUGUCUAUAUGUGAAA